UGUCAGUCAGUGGGUCAGCAGCACCUCUCUAUCUCUGCCAACUCUUUACUCUCAUCACCAACUUACAUCCAUCAUGAGGGAAAUUGUGCACAUCCAGGCCGGCCAGUGCGGGAACCAGAUUGGUGCAAAGUUCUGGGAGGUGAUCAGUGAUGAGCAUGGCAUCGACCCGACAGGAACCUACCAUGGAGACAGCGACCUUCAGCUGGACAGGAUCAGUGUGUAUUACAACGAGGCCACUGGUGGGAAGUAUGUGCCCAGAGCCAUCCUUGUGGACCUGGAACCAGGCACCAUGGACUCGGUCCGCUCCGGACCUUUUGGACAGAUCUUCAGACCUGACAAUUUUGUCUUUGGUCAAAGUGGAGCAGGAAACAACUGGGCCAAAGGUCACUACACGGAGGGGGCAGAGCUGGUGGAUUCGGUCCUGGAUGUGGUGAGGAAGGAGGCGGAGAGCUGCGAGUGUCUGCAGGGAUUCCAGCUCACACACUCCCUGGGGGGUGGCACCGGCUCCGGCAUGGGCACCCUGCUCAUCAGCAAGAUCAGGGAGGAGUACCCGGACCGCAUCAUGAACACCUUCAGCGUGGUGCCCUCUCCUAAGGUGUCGGACACGGUGGUGGAGCCGUACAACGCCACGCUGUCAGUCCACCAGCUGGUAGAGAACACAGAUGAGACAUACUGCAUAGACAACGAAGCCCUUUAUGACAUUUGCUUCCGCACCCUCAAACUCACCACCCCCACUUACGGCGACCUCAACCACCUGGUGUCAGCCACCAUGAGCGGCGUCACCACCUGCCUGCGUUUCCCCGGCCAGCUAAACGCCGAUCUGAGGAAACUGGCCGUCAACAUGGUGCCCUUCCCGCGUCUCCACUUCUUCAUGCCCGGCUUUGCCCCUCUGACCAGCAGGGGGAGCCAGCAGUACCGCGCCCUGACUGUGCCCGAGCUCACCCAGCAGGUGUUCGACGCCAAAAACAUGAUGGCCGCCUGCGACCCUCGCCACGGACGCUACCUGACCGUGGCCGCUGUGUUCCGAGGCCGCAUGUCCAUGAAGGAGGUCGACGAGCAGAUGCUGAACGUGCAGAACAAGAACAGUAGCUACUUCGUGGAGUGGAUCCCAAACAAUGUAAAGACGGCCGUCUGCGACAUUCCGCCGCGCGGCCUCAAGAUGGCCGUCACCUUCAUCGGCAACAGCACGGCCAUCCAGGAGCUGUUCAAACGCAUCUCCGAGCAGUUCACCGCCAUGUUCCGACGCAAGGCCUUCCUCCACUGGUACACCGGUGAGGGCAUGGACGAGAUGGAGUUCACCGAGGCGGAGAGCAACAUGAACGACCUGGUCUCCGAGUACCAGCAGUACCAGGACGCCACGGCCGAGGAAGAGGGAGACUUUGAGGAAGAAGUGGAGGAAGAUGCCUAAAAAAGUAACACAUAUGAGCUGAAAAAGAGUUGAAGUCAAUUACCAAAAAGUAAAACAUGAUGGGAAAAGAGUUGUUAAAGAAUUUAGCAGAUUGGAUAGAAAGGACAGGGGUCUGAAUUGGACAAUGGAGGGAUGGAAUACAUGAGUAAUGUGACACCAAGUUGACCUAGCCCCCAACAUCUUUUUAUGUAUGCUUAAUUCUUGUUUUCUAGCAAAUGAACAAAUCAGAAGCACUUCCUCUAUGUCACUUUCAUCACGUAAGAAUAUAUAUGACCGUUUCCUGGAAAAAAAACACUAGGAAAAAAAAUCGGAAUCAUUGGGGCUUUAUAUUGAAAAAGUCCACCAUGAAGAAAUGUAUUAAAUGCUUAAAUGUUUUAUUCAAAAUACUAUAUUGCACUAAACUCAUUCACACUCCAAACAAGGCUAAUCAAAUGACAUUACUUCUUGCAAGAGAAACAUAAUUGUGCACUCAUUUGAAAAACUAGUUUUAUUCCAGGCUUAAAGCAUUUAAACGUUAGUGAAGUCUACAAAUGUCAGUUUUAGAAUCUCGAUGACUGUAGCUUAGGCUGUGUUGGGGAAACCAGGCCUGUAACCAUGUGUGUGAGCCUCAGAAAUGUGAAAUCAUGCCAUUAUCAGUAUUUAUUGAUUUUAUGAGUUCCUUACUAUCGUCGUUAUUUAGCUUAGAAGAUGCACUUUAGAGAUAUUAGCUAGCAGAGGUUUCCUCCCUCAGGCCUGAACUGUAGGCAAAUUGACAACAACAUUAACUUGUAUGGAGGAGUAAAAAACAUUUCUCAUUUUAUUUCAUUUAGUAGGCCUAAACAUAAAUGUAAUGGAUAUCAUUACGAUAUUUGGAACAAUUGUUUCAGAGUCAGCAGCCAAUUCAACAAACAAAAAUAAUUUUCAAUUCUCAAAAUUGUCACUGAGACUAAAGGUCUGUUUGAUGGAAAAACAAUUGUCUUAAAUAUGCACUUUCACUGUUUUAAUGCAACAGUAGUAGCAGCAGGAUUGUUCUCAGAUGCCAGCCAAUGUCAUGAGGAGGAUCACACUCUGUGGGUGUCCUGAAGCUAGGCCAAGGAAAGCAUGUAAUGCUAGGAUUUUACAGUGAAAUGUAUUCUCUUUAUUUGAAAGUCCUUUUAAGAUUUUAAGUAUUAAGGCAUCUUGCAAAACAUGCCAAAAUGAAAUGCCUGGUUUCUUUUCUCCUUCUCCUUUUAUGAAAAUGAACCAAUUUGGAGAUGAAUAUUACAUUACAUUCCUGUGACGUAGUGCACAACUGAACAUUUGUGAUAAAUGUUGACACUACUACAGUAUGCAAAUCAAUCAGAAUUAAUUUUUGUCAGUGUGUGAUCCUCAAUCAUGUUGUUUUUAAGUCUGUUUAAUGCUCUAUUGUUUUUCAGUAGCUUUUUUAUUUCCUGUAGUGAACAGUUUGUAACCCAGUGACUGUGAACAUUUGCGAAAAAUAAAGAGGCGUU